GUUGAUUACCCAACCCCGAAGCGGUUAGCUUGGCCUCUAAGGCCGCUUUUGUCAGCCCCAGCAUCUCCACCUUGAGAUCAGCAACUUUUAUUGCCCUGUCGUCUGACCUUGAGCUUAACAUGGAUAGAAGAAGUACCUUUUUUGGUAUCAAUUCGCCACAACCAACACGACUCAACCUGGUUCGUUACCCUUCGUGGAAUCUUCGCUCCAGUCCACCGUCCCCUCAGCACUCUCUCCCUGGUCUCACUCCAUGGAAUCUAUCCCAUCAGCCCAUCGUGGGAUGAUCCAAAGAGAAAGCCUUUUUUUCCCUUUUUUUUUUUCGCCCACCCAGCCCCACGACAAGACUUUCCGCCCGAGAAUCCUUCUCCUGGAGAAAAUUGCCCCCUUGGGAACGAGAAUCUCAUUCGCUUUCCCAAUUUCCCCCCACUCUUUGCUCCCCUCGCUCCCCCUCUUUCUCUCCUCUCGAGCCUCAAUUUCACCUUAUGGCGGAUGUCGUGUAUCUUAAUCGGUCUCCCACCGUCAACUUGGAUCCCGCUCCUGUCGCAAUUCCAUGGUGGUCGAACCAACUUCUUCCGGCACAGCCGAUGUGCCGGCUAAGGCCAGCCUGCCGCGGAAGAGCGCCUUCUCGUGUGAGGCGUGCCGCAAGCGAAAGGUGAAAUGUAACGGUGCUAGUCCCUCUUGUUCACGAUGUGCCGCGCGCGGAGAAACGUGCGUCUAUAGCUUAGCUCCGACUUUAUCAUACACCAAACAGUUAGAGACUCGAGUCGCACAGCUAGAAGAUGCCCUGUCCAAACUACGGAGCCAACAGCAGUCUGCCGCAGAGGUGCGGAAGGCGAGCCCCCCAUCAUCCACCGGCGAAGGUAGCAUGAGUCCUAGUCUUCGAAUGCGCAUCAAGGAAGAAGACGAAAGCAGUAGCGCCGAUCUUGCGAGGGACUUCGAAGGUCUGCAGGUCGAGCACGAUGGGCGCAUAUCUUUUCAUGGCCCGACGAGUCUGUUUCAGCUUCCGAGUGGCGCUCUCAAUGAAGCAGCGUCGACAUCGCGCCUGGCCGUACAGUACGAAGCUCGAAAGGAGCGGCUGAUCAACAACGCGUGGCGCGAGAGGGCAUUCGAGCAGAUGGCUACUAUGCCCGAACCGUUCCAAUACCUGCUCGACUCGCACUGGUGUUGGAUCCAGCCUCUCUUCAACUUUGUUUAUCGACCAGCGUUCACUCGCGAUAUGAAGAUAAACGGUCCAUACUAUUCAGACGCGCUUCUCAAUGCGAUUCUCUCCCACUCAGUCCGAUGGUGCAAGUCCGAACCAAGAAUCGGCCAUAUUCUCGAGUCGUUUGAUGGCGGUGCACAGUUCUCCAAUCGCGCUAUUUCCGGUCUGUACGACUCGCUCAAAGUUGGCCAACUCGGCAUUCCCACCAUCCAGACAUUGCUUCUUCUCAGCGCGCAAGAGUGCGGCAGGGGGAACCGGUCGCAGGCUUGGCUCUAUAGCGGCAUGGCCUUCCGAAUGCUGGAAGACCUAGGCAUAUCCAUCGACAGCCGCAAGUACUCCGACACCGCUCACUUGAGCGAUGAAGAUAUCGAGAUCCGGAACCGCCUCUUCUGGAGUUGUUACUUCUGGGAUAAAUUGGUGUCUCUGUAUUUUGGCCGAUCGCCCACGAUGCAGCAUUCUCGAGUUAGUCCGCCCAGGACGAUAUUAGACGACACUUCGGAGAUCGAAAUUUGGACGCCGCAUGGCGUCGUCUUCCCGGAUGGUGCUCAUUACCCCCCAACCCAGGCUCACUCCACAUCGUGUUUCAUGCGAAUGUGCGGAUUGGCGGAGGUGCUUAACCAAAUCUUAAUUCACAUCUACGACCCGAUACGACAAGUGUCAGAGGCAGAGUUCUACAACUGUGUCAGCGAGCAAGCUAGGAAUCUCGCCGAGUGGUGGGACGAGUUGCCCGAUUAUCUGAAAUUGGUGCCGACUAACCUUCCCCCGUACUCCCCGCCGAGCCACAUUGUCCUCUUGAAUUCAUUAUACCACACAAUCAACAUCCUCCUCCACCGUCCGAUCCUCUGCUCCAAGACAAACCGAGAGUCGUAUGACAAGAGCCAUCUGGUUCAGUGCAUGACAUCUGCCACGGCAAUCCUAUCUCUGUUCGAUCUAUACCGUCGCACGUUCGGCGAUAGCCAUGUUGUCCUCUCCCUCGCCUACGGCGUGUAUACUGCCGCGUCUAUAUUCCUACUCGAGAUACAAGCCUUGAAAUACGCCGCCCCGGGGACGCUGGAUAAAUUAAAGUUCUGCAUCUUCGCUCUAGAGCGGGUGAAGGUCUCCAAUCCCGUGAUCUCCACUGCACUCAGUCUUAUAUACCAAGAACUCCAAAAACUGCAGAUCGAUAUCCACAUCGUGAUGCCACCCAUGCAACCUGAACAAUCUCAAUCUCAACCUCCGUCUCAACCCCAUUCACAACCCUCGUCCCGUCAUAGUCACUCCCCCUCGCAAUCCCACCCCCGGCCGUUGCACCACCAACAAGCGCAACCGCCAUCUCAGCACUCUCUGAAAUUUAGCGAUACCUCCCGUCACGUUUCCCCGUCUCAUCAACCGCCCCCCAACGCUUCAUCCAUGGCCGGCUCCGUCCCUCCGUCAGGCAUAAACGCUGCCUCUUUCCUCCCAGGCUAUACCUUCCCGCAGCCUGUCGGCGAUUUUGAGCUUUCGCAGACGGGCAUUCCUCCGAUGGCGAGUACCCAUCUCCUGGGAGGAAUGCCCAACGCCGUGAUGACGCUGGACAACCCGGGAUCGUACGAGAUCACGCCCGAGGUGUUUGAAGCUUUUUCGUACGCAGAGCCUAUAACGACUAAUAUGACCCCGACAUUUGAGCCUCGGAUGGGGUAGCUCUGGACCAGCGGCUGGAAACAUGGGGCUUUUGAGUAUCUACCGUGUAGAGGGGCUAUAAGCGAAUGGAGCCAUUCCGGGUUGAUCAACCUGUGAAGUAUCUGUGAUGUACACGUAUUUACCUAAUGUUGUUGUGGGUAAUAGACAAAACGAGAGUGUCAGUGGUAUGACGGUAACCUUUAACUUUUAGUUGAAAGCCAAUCAGAUAGAACGGGUAUAAAAC